AUGGCACCUUUCAAUCUCAACGAUUUUAUAAGACUGGAAAGAGUCCAAGUUCUGUGAUAGCGCUUGAUUUAAACAGUGAUAAAAUUACUGAUCUAAUAGUGGCCAAUCAAGGUGAAAGCACGAUCAGUGUUCUUAUUGGCUAUGGAAACGGAAGUUUUCAUGAUCAAAAAAAAUUUAAUACAAGUAAAAACCCAGGCCUUUUAUUGUCCGGUGAUUUCAAUAAUGAUAGAAUACCCGACAUAGGAGCAAUUAGCGGUCGCUGGAGUUCAUUUUGUAUGCUGAUCAGUGGUGGAAACCUGACUUUUCCUUACCAGAAAACUAUUAGUAUUAUUAGUUCUCCAACUGAUGCAAUAACCUAUGACUUUAAUAAUGAUGGAAAAAUAGAUAUUGCAAUAACCGGCAAAAAGAACAACAACUUGGGUGUGUAUCUAUUCCAAGACAAUUAGUUGCUCGCUAAAUUCUUGAUUUAUUAAAUAUCAACUAAAUAUUAAUAGCAUCUUCAAGCUCCGUAUGAAUCAUGAUUAUUUUAUCGACAAUUUUUAACUAUAAUACUUUUUUCAUAUUUUACAUAACUAUUAGGAAGUUUAGCUUGUUUAUCCUUUUUUUUUUCAAGAAACCUUCCUAAACUAUAUUUCUAUUGUGUUCUCUUCUUUUAUGGAUGUGGAUGUGGAUGUGGGUAAAGAGAACACAUCCACCCACACCCACACAUCCUGUAAAUUUUAUUUAAAGUUAUUCAAAUUUUUAAAUUUCUAUUAAAGAUUUUUAGAUUUUAAUUCCAGUUAUUUGUUCUAUAAAUUCCAUUUACGACAAUUAACAUUAGUUCAAAUCUUCUCUUUAAAAAUAUCUGUAAGAUUGAAAACAUAUUUUAAAAUCAAGUGGAAUUGAUUGAAAUAUUUUUCUUAUAAUUAAUCAAUAAAAUAAAAUAUCUUUUUCCUUUUUUUCCUAAGUAAAGCAAUCGAUAUUAUCUUUAAUUGUGAUCUACUUUAACAAAAGAAAAGCCAAGGAACUGCUAGUUUCGUACGAAUAGUUCGUUAGAAUUGUAAAAAUAAUAUAAAGGUUAAUAUAAGUUAUCUUAUAGUUGUCUUGAUCUUUGUUAACUGACUAAUAUCUUGUAGAAUUUUGGUUGUUUACAUUAUAAUCAUGUGAACUUUGGCCAAUGAAUAUUUAUCCCACGUUGUGACGCAUUUAUCUCCGACAUAAUUUCGUAGGUUUAUAAGAGAAAUACAUAAAGAUAAAGUUGCUUUGAAAAUCUUGAAAAAAUAAGUAAAACGAAUGAUAUGUUGUUAUGUCUAUUUGUUGUUAAUUAUGUUUGCUAUAAAUAACAUUGAUUCAUGUAAUGUAAUAUUGAAGAACUUGGUAAUGAUAAACAAUUUGUCGAAGAUUAUGCUCAAUCGUUAUUAAAAUUAUUUUCUCAAUCAGAUUAUGUAUAUGGUAAAUCAUUUGAUAAUUUUUCAUGUCCCAUGGAAAAUAAUCCAAUAAAUGUUAUUCCAACAUCGGUACACGAACUUCGACCAAGUGAUAUUAAAUGUAUUGCAGCUUUAUGUGAUAGUUUAACAGUUGGUUUAGAAGCUCAUGCUACAACAUCAAUUGGAUUAUUUAUGAAAAAUCGAAGUUUUAAUUAA